UUUUCCCUCCAUAGAGAAGUUUGCUCUGACACGCAGGUUUAGAUAACAGCGACAAGGUCAUGGGAGGUAACAUAAGUUCACUUCAGGCGAGAAGAAAAACUUACAUAUUGUGUAUAACCUGAGCAAAUAAACCCUCCCCAACCUUAAUUAACGUGAUUACAUGACUGGGCCAUUCAUAACAUGUUUGCACAAGCUGUUAGUAAAAGUUAACUUCCGCUGUUAAAUGAAAAUAAGUACAAAUAAACAAUAAUUACACGGAUCCCUAAACCUUCAUAUGGCUCUUACUGCUUAGUCACGUCCUUCGAAUCACUACCUUGGAUAAACCCCAGAGGAACACGCAGCUGAGGACCACAGAACCUAUGACUCAUGAGCCCAUAAUGUGACAGGUUUUAUAAUGGAAGUCAAUGAGAGGGUACAUCAGGAGCAAUCAACGGUGGCAUGGCUAUAUACAGUAAGAAUCUCUCCUUUUUUUCCCCUGAAUGUUACCAAAACCAGCUCUGAUUGUGUUUGGUUUGAUUCUGAUGGAAUAAUUAUCAUUGCAGCAAAAAGACUGGGUUUGUGUUUGGGACCGAGUUCAGCCCCAGGCAGCUUGAAGAUGUUCCCAAAAAAGAAGAUGAUGAACUGCUUUAUUCAGCGGGAUGCCUCCCUCCCUCCCUCCCUCUCCUUUCCCUGUGCUGGCCCCGGCCCCAGAACCGGCGUAAACCAUCAACAGUAUGUUCGCAGGCUCGGGCUGUGUACUAGGAAACAUGAGCAGGGUGAGAUAUUCAGAGUCCCGGGCGGCGCAGCGCAGGCCGCCGGAUAAAGCGGAGGAGGAGACGGCGGUCCGUGUGGUUUGAGCUCAGGAUCUCAGGACGGGAACAUGUGAGCAGGGAAUGGGCGACUGGAAACAGGAUUAUUGUUAUACACAGCAGAGAGACGCAGGAGGGGCCCGGGACAGGAGAGACGCGGGGACAUUGUGACGAGUCCAAGGAGAUUGUUUUUUUUUCUCCCCCUUUUUUAAAAAAAAUUUUGCGCAUCAGAGAAAUCGGAGGACUAUCUGGCCAAAGAUGAACACCAUUGUGUUUAAUAAGCUGAGCAGCCAGGUCCUGUUUGAGGAGAAGGCGAAGGAGGUGGAAAUGAGCAGCAGAAAUUAUCUAGAAGUCAUCGACGGGCAGCAUCCAGACCUCCUCACCAGCAACCAGACCAUCAGAGACAACCAGGCCAUCAGACACAGACGGAGCGGGGGUCGUCCCAGCGGCGGCAAAGUGCGACACAAGCGUCAGGCCCUGCAGGACAUGGCGCGGCCACUCAAGCAGUGGCUCUACAAGCACCGAGACAACCCCUACCCCACCAAGACAGAGAAAAUCCUGCUGGCCCUCGGCUCACAGAUGACCCUGGUCCAGGUCUCCAACUGGUUUGCUAAUGCCAGGAGGCGGCUGAAGAACACGGUGAGGCAGCCAGACCUGAGCUGGGCUCUCAGGAUCAAACUCUACAACAAAUAUGUUCAGGGCAACGCGGAGAGGCUCAGCGUCAGCAGCGACGACAGCUGCUCAGAAGACGGUGACAACCCUCAGAGGACACAGAGCGGCCCCGAGGAGCUCACCAAGCCCAUGUACCAGAGCGUCAUCAAGAAGGAGGGCUCCUCCAUGGUGGGCAUGGCCAUGGGUAUGGGUAUGGGUGCGGGACUGCGCUCGGCCGCCGAAGCCGCCUCGCUGGCGGAGGACUAUGUGUCUCCGCCCAAGUACAAGAGCAGCCUGUUGCACCGCUACCUGAACGACUCGCUACGCCACGUCAUGGUGGCCAACGCCGUCAUGGACGCUCGCAAGAGGAACCACUCCGGCUCCUUCAGCUCCAACGAGUACGACGACGAGCUGCUCUCGCCAUCCUCCUCUGAGGCCGAGGCGAACUUUGUUUAUCGGGCUGAAACCACAGACCAUGGAUCAAGUAAAUGUGACACUGGCAGCGGUGGCGUAGGAGCUGCGCAGAAGGAGAAGGUGAAGGGCAAAGACGAGACGUACUGGAAGGAGAUCAACGCCGCCAUGGCCUUGACCAACUUGGCGCAGGGGAAGGACAGCGCCUCCGGGACCACCAGCUGCAUCAUCCAGAAGUCCUCCCAUAUAGCAGAGAUCAAGACUGUUAAAGUGCCGCUGGUGCAGAAAUAUUAGCCCUGGCGUCAUCCUCCCGUCUCUCUAUGCAAACCAGAAAACAUUCCUGUUUCAGAAAACUUGCCAGAGUCCAAACAAACUCCCCCCAGCAUGAAGAGAACUGUUGUUGAAGGACAGGGGUUGUUUGAGGUGAGGAAGUGUGGAACAAAAAAGAGAACUCUCAUUCUUUUUUUUUGGUUGUUAUUGGUGUCUAAAAAAAAAAAAAGUACGAAAGAGGCCUUGACCAUCCUUUUCUUUGUUGGGUUAAUGUUCGACAGACAAGAGUUGGUGAUAGUUUCACUGCAGUAUUUCCUAAAACAAGACACUUUUGUAAUGUUAACUUAUUUUUGGAUGAGUCUGAUUUUUUUUUUUUAUUUCUUCUUUUUUACGCUACAAAAUGUGUAUUUUGCCAAAGUGCCUUUGUUAUUUCGACAAAUAACUCACCGACUGUGGUCGAUGCAAAGUAUAGAUACUGAGGUGCCUCUUUGAAAUUUGUGAAGGACUAUUUUACAGAGCUUAGAGUCACAGUCAUGAUUCACGAUCGGUUUUGUGAAUGGAGACGCAACCAUAGCAGCCUGUGCCUUAAAAACUGAAUGAGCUCACCAUCUGAGGCACUGAUGAACUCAAAUAGCACCCACACACAUGGACACACAUGCUCUCAGAAAAUGCCCAGCAUUAAUUCUCUGUUCUUGUUUUGACUGGAGUCUUCAUCUUGACUGUAAACCGAACACUGUUUUGUCUCAGUCAGCCUCUUGUUUCUGGCAGGCCAACAAUAACUGUUGGACACACAGAUAAGCUGCUCUAACGUGAGCAGCAGAUCGAUAAGCAGCCAACGUUCUCCACCUCGUCCACAUCUCAGCCUUGGAUUUCAUUAACCAGCGAAGGAUUCCUUUCUUAUCUUGGCUUUUAGUUGCUGAAACGUGCACUGGUGCCCAGCUGGACCCAAAUGAAGUCACAUUCAGACACUCAGUGACACGUAGAUCAGCAGGCAUGCUUUAAGGGUUCAGUACAGUAUUUGUUCUAACAGAAGAAUGCCAUGACCUAAAAGGGAUGUUUUUGCUUUGCAGUAUCUGUUUUUUUUUUUUGUGGACAGUCUUGCCUUUUCACUUUUUUUUUGUGCUCAGAACACGAUAGUCCGCAGUGAAUAAAAAACAAAAGCCAGCACCGGCUCCCCCACCCUUUUGAUCCUCAGCCCUCUCAGCUGUUUAGCAUUACAUUCAAAUUGCAGUUUACAAGAAGCCAGAGGACAGACUUAAAAGUUUGACUUUCUGCCCCUCGCUUUUUUCCUGUCUGUCUUCAAAAAUACAUUUCAGUAUUAUCUCUUCGUCGCCUGAGCAAAGUGUUUGUAAUUGUCAGUCUGUAUAUGUGUGAUCGUUUUGUUUUUGAUCAAAACUUUGUACUUGGUUUUGCUUAACCAUACCGCAUUAAGAGUUUCUUUUGUCAUCCAAUGGAAAGUUUUUUUGUUUUUUUUUUUUAAAUAGAAAGUACUUAUGUACGGUGCAUAUGGUAUAAACGUUUGCAGCGAGGGAUGCCAAGUUCACAAACUGGUGGACUUAUGGGAGAAACUGUAGUUGGCUCUCUGUGCUGACUUUUUAAUUUUAUGUAUAUCUUCAAGGUACUGUUUUUUGUGUGUCAAAAUGUACACUCCUUCAUAAAUUGUGCAGUUUUUAAUUUUUUUUGACAACCCAGACUGUGCUAAUGGUCAAGGACAUUUUGGGGGAGUGAAGCUGCACAAAUUUACUUUUUGACCUUUUUAUGUGUCUUGAAUGUGCAAACUUUAAAAAAAAAAAGCUGCACUUACAAUUCAUGGUUUUCAAUCAGAAAAAACACAGCCUCCAUUGAUGGAUGUGAUUUUACAUAAAG